AUGACCCCAAACAAGACGCUCAUCUUCAAAAAGAUACCAAUUACCCUUCCGGUACCCGGCGAACAUCUCGUUAUCGAGAGUCAUGAAAUUGACCUCGAUAAUGCCCCUAGGGGGGGUCUUCUUGUCAGAAUUCUUUAUGCCUCAUAUGACCCUUACUUGGGUAUAAAGAUGCGGGAUCCCAGCAUCAAGUCCUACUCCCCACCAUUUAUUAUUAACGAACCCAUCUAUAACGACACUGUUUCUAAGGUCUUAAAAAGCGACAACUCCGAUUUCCAGGAAGGAGACAUCAUCAAGGCCCGGGCCCCCAUUGCUGAAUAUGCUGCCAUCACGGACCCAAAGGCACAAAGUGUUAUCAAGGUACAAAAUCCUUAUAACCUGGACUUGGCCCUUUUCACUGGUGCCCUGGGUAUGCCCGGCCUUACUGCUUGGGCUAGCUUGUAUAAGAUUGGUCAGCCCAAGAAAGGUGAAACCAUGUUUAUUAGUUCCGCCGCUGGUGCUGUCGGUCAGUUCGUUGGCCAGAUUGCGAAGAAAGAAGGCCUCACGGUCAUCGGCUCUAUUAGGUCCGAUGAGAAGCUCGACUACAUCACGAAAGAGCUUGGUCUCGACGCCGGCUUCAACUACAAGAAGGAAAAGCCCAGCGAUGCUAUGAAGCGCCUUGCCCCUCACGGCAUCGACAUCUACUAUGAAAAUGUUGGCGGAGAGCACCUCGAGGCUGCUUUGGAUAACAUGAAUGUCUUUGGAAGAAUUGCUGCCUCUGGAAUGAUCAGCCAAUACAACGGUGACAAAUUCGGCAUCAGAAACCUAAUGCAAGUAGUUGCAAAGCAGCUCAACAUACAAGGCUUCAUCGUCUUCACUCCUGCCUUUGCUGAGGGCAGUGUCAAGGCUAAAAUGUCCUUUACCGACGGUAUUGACAAUGCCGCCGAGGGUUUAGUAGGUAUUUUUGAGGGCAAGAAUUUUGGUAAGGCGGUGUUGCGCCUCGAAUGA